AUGGAAAAGAGUCAUCAACGCCCUAUCCUAAGCUUUGGAAAAAUCGUUGGUAAAUACACGAUAAUUAAAUGUAUUGGGCAAGGUGGAUUCGGAGAUAUAUACCUUGUUUGCGAUAGCGAGUCAGAUCAAGCGUUUGCAAUGAAGCUUGAAAUCAGCGAAGCAAGAAAGCAAAGUCUUCAUCAAGAGUAUACAUUUAUGUGUGGACUUCAAGGUUCACCCCAUUUUCCUCAUAUGAUUGAAUACGGAGAAGAUGCGAGAAAUCGGUAUCUUGUUCAAGAACUCUUAGGUCCAUCACUUUCUGCUCUUAGAAGAUGUUUCCCUGGUGGAAAGCUUUCUCUUCCAACUGUACUCUGCAUCGCACAAGAAAUGUUACGUAUAUUAAAAGAGUUCCACGGAAGAGGUUUCAUACAUAAUGAUGUUAAGCCAUCAAACUUCUUAAUUCGUCUGGGCUCUCCGAAUUUCCUAGUUCUCAUUGAUUUUGGACUUUCAAAAACAUAUAUUGAUCCAAAAACAGGACAACCAAUUAAAGUACGCCAAUUUUCUGGAUUCAAAGGUACAAAGAAAUACGCAUCGCCAAAUGCCCAUAUUGGCUUCGAUUUAACAGUUAGAGACGAUAUGUAUUCAUGGUUUUACACAAUUGUCGAACUCGCAUACGGUGUUCUUCCAUGGAGUCAUGAGAAAGAAAAAGUUGCAAUUAUGAAAGGAAAGAGAGGAAUCAGGAAUUCCCCUGCUUUCCAAAUUCUUCCACCAAGAUUGCAGAACUUACACGCCAAGAUAGAAGAUCUCGGACUCUUUACAAAGCCUGAUUACGAUGGCUGGAUCGAAGAAAUCGAAAAAUCCUUUGAAGAAACAGGAUUAGUUAAGCCAACAACAUUUGAUUGGGAAACCUUGGAUACAAUGUCUGUUAUGAGGAUUUCAGCAAUCCCUCUCAAGGUUGAAGAAGGAAAAUACGCUAUUGAACCCGAUUUAUACGGCUUGGCUACAGAUGAACAAGGUCAUAUUACAAUUGGAAUGGCUGAAGGCAAUAUUAUCUCCAAGAAAUUCCAUCCUGUAUCAAAGGCUUGUAAUAUUGCUUAA